AUUUCAAUGAGUUUGACUCAGUUCGCGUCGCGUGUCAGUUGCAGAAAGAUUCCGGUUCACGAGGUAGAAUGUCAUUGUGGAGCGGCAGCUACGUUGAGGAGAGAGCAAAAAAUCGUACAAGAAAAUUCGUGGGAAACUUUGGUCGAGCAGAUUGAUCGGGCGGUGAGAUAUUCGAUCGUGCGCGGUGCGAGUGUUUGGAAAAAUCGUAAGAACGUUGCUGCGGGGACGAGUUUAAUUGAUGAUUAAUCGCCAAUUUGCUGUUUCCCGGAAGACCGCAAAAGUUGAAAGUGUUGAGCAGGGAGGUUUGGAAACGAUGGUAAAAAUGUUUGUAAUCGCAUAGCGCGCGCGCGCGCGCACACGUACCCGAAUGUCGAGAAUCUCGUUAUUUGCUCUGUGAUAAAUAAUCAUAGGAUCAAAUAAGAUUGAUUAUUCGCGAUCGGAGGAGGAGGAGGAGGAGGAGGAGGAGGAGGAGGAGGAAGGAGAGUUUGGACGAGGAUACAAAAGUUCUCGAAGCAAAGAGGAAUAAGUGGGUGAAAAAACGAAAACGCAUCGACGAGGAUGCCGGCCUGUUCGAGUGACGUUUGCGCCUCAGGAAGGCGAUUUCGUUGUUCGAGUCCUCCGAACUCGAGGAGCAACAGUGCUUCGCCACCCCCAUCGUGGCCCGCCGCUGCUCCCGGCUCGUCGCCGUUGUCCGUUUCGCCAUCGAACAGCCCGCCGAUCGGGACCUUUCGGAGGUCGACUUCGAACCUCUCGAGUUCUUCGUUGUCUCAGGCGAAAACAAUCGUUUCGGAAAACCGGAAGCACGCUUCCGGUGGAGCGCUCGGAUCCCAACACGAGAAUCCUCUCUCGACUUCGAGCUUUGAGAGUUUUGAGAGUUUUGAGAGUUUUCGUUACCGGCAAUUGGAUCGCGAGACGAACGAAGAGCGCUCGUCGAAAUCAGCAAGCGUGGGGGAAGACUGGAGGAAGAGGAGGAUCUUCCGGUCGAAGGAACGCGACGAGAAGAGUGCUCCGGUGAAAAAAAUGUUUCUUCCCGCUCGGAUAUUCGGCUGGUACGUCAACCUGGCGUUUCGCGCGUUCAAGCGCGCCUACGAAACUCUGAGUUACGUAGCAUGGGCUCCGGUAAUUUGGAUAUCGGCGUGGAUCUGUGUUUUUUGGGUGACGAUCCAACUGCCCCUGAAUUUAAUAAAGUGGUUCAUACGAGUACUGUACACGCCCUCUUCGGAGCGAUCCCGUAACAAGAGAUGCGUCCUGAUAACGGGGGGCAGUACGAUUCAGGCGUUGCAUCUUGCUCGGAACUUUUACAAGGCGGGAGCUCGGGUGGUCGUCUGCGAGAUCGAGGGGCUCUUCGGUCUCGCAAGAUUUUCGACGGCCUGCGCCCGGUUCUACAACGUGCCGCGGCCGGGUCCGGCCACGGCCGCCGAAUACGUGAACGCCCUCAAGAGCAUAGUCGAGAGGGAAAAGGUAGUUUACUUCAUACCGGUGAGCUGCACGAGCAGCGCAUAUUACGAUUCUCUGGCCAAGUCUCACCUCGAGAUAAUGGGCUGCGAGUGUUUCGUCCCCGGAGCCGCGGACGUCUCGAGCUUGGAGGAUCCGUUGCAGCUGAUGCGCCGGUGCUCGAUUUUGGGACUGGCCAGGCCCGAGCACAGGCUCGUCAAGUCCCUCGAAGCCUUGCUCGGGCUCUACGAAUCCGGAAAUUUGGCGAGGAACGCGAGAUACCUCAUGAUAUCGGCCGGUCCGACCGGCAUGACGGACCGAGCGAAGCUCCAUCUUCCGUGCUCGGUCGACAACACGGUGCCCCGUAAUUUGCACAGAAAAUUGGAGAGCUACGAGAUCAGCGAGAGGAGAGCCUGGCUCAUUGUUCGGGAACCGGCUUCGUCUGCGAGCGGAUAUCAACUGGUUACUUGUACGACGGUCAAGGAUUCGAGAGUCGUUGCGAACGUAACUUGCCGCCUGGACGAGGCCCGGGGUCUCGUGCCGGAAGAGCGCAAUGACGUUAAUCAGUGGUUGGAUGCUUUCUUUCGUGCUCCUUUUGCCAAGAGGAUCAACGGCCAUCUCAGCUUCAAGCUCGCUUUCGAUCCCGAGGAGACGAGCCAAGGCCUCGUGCCCAUUUCGUGCCGCGUCGGAGUCCCCCUCCCUUAUCUCUGUCUCACGAGCGUACAUCCCCGGCUCGUUUGGAGACCGUGCAGACACUUUUCACGUCAAAAUUCCCUCAAUUUCGUUCUCAAUGAAAAAUACAAAAAAGCUCCAUCCCCGCCGAAUCAACGAUCGGCGAGCUCCGACGGCCUCUUCGCUCAAACACCCUCCGCAGGGACCGGGACAAUAUAUUCCACGGAUCAUCACCGUUUCGCCGUGGCAUCCGCUCCCGUUCUUGACAAACGAGACGCCCUCUUCGUUUACUGGGACCCGCUGCCCUAUUGCGCCUAUUAUCAUCUUCAAUUCCCAUUCAGGCGCCUCGCCGGUGCCAUACGCGAAAGGCCGGCGCAGCACAAACCACCCCUCGGUGUCGUUCAAUAAAAAUACUUACCCACCGCGCCUACCUCUUCGCGACUCUUCAACGCGGUCACUCAUUCAUCGAUAAACUGUACAUAACAUACGAUCGCAUUCCUCUUUCUAUCUUCUCCCAAAUUCUGGAACGUCCAAGCGCCUCGGCAUAGAAACAAACUUUCAUUUAUACUCGCUCUUCGAUUCCAAGUCCUUGAAUAUUUUUAUGCACAAAGGCUAUUGUUACAUAUGGAGCGUCGACCUUUUGAGUUUAUUCGCGCGUUAAUAUACGCGCUGCUUAUAGACUUGUGUCUGCAUGCGUGCACGUAAAUAUUAAUUGAACAGAUGCAGAGAUCUUCGUCGGCGGCUUAUCGGAUAAUCACCUUGCCACUGAAUCGUCGUCUCGUUUUGUACAGAAAAGACUGCAAAAAUCUAUAUUAACGCAAUUCUUUCGAAAUUCCUCAUUUUUUUUUUCUACAUUUUUUAUCAUUUUCAUUCUUUUGAAAAUUUUGAAACGCUAAAACUUCCGGAUCUUCGGAAAAGUGUACAAUGACGUUUACCCCCUCUGCUUUUGCUCCGGAUAUAUCGAACGUUGAAUCGAGACGUGCAAGGAUCGGGCGGCUUUUUGAUAUUCAUAGCAGUAGAAUUAGAUUAAGUUUUGAUCAAGUCUUCGAGCGAGCCGCUCGAAAUGUAUACUUUUAAUACUAUAUUUAAAGCGUCAUGAGAGUCUUAUUCGAAUGAAGCGAAGAGCAGAACAAGACACGCAAAGUGAUGUAAUCUAAUGGCAUUAAAGUGAUGAAAAACAUUGAGCGGAAUGGACGAUAUCAGUGCGGUUCAACUGGACAAAUACUCAGUUUCGUUUAUUCUCUCUGUAGAACACGCGGACCAAUUGUGAUAAGUCUUUUUCCAUAUAUAUGUAAAAACGUAUAAACGAGUGAUUUGAGCGAAUUGAAUCGGUGCCCCCGUUAUCGUCGCUCUUCGAUAACGCAUUCAACAAACUCUGCAUAAUAAUUCUCGAUCUGCGAAAGACGGAAAGCGAGAGAGCGAGAGCGAGUGGAAGAUUUAUAAUAAUUAUUUGUAUGUUAUUUCGAUCAAUGAUGGAUCCGCUACAGAAAGAGUUUGAAAAACCGCGUCGAGCGGUUCUAAUCUUGAAAUAUUCCUUGCCUCGUUUCAUAUAAAAAUAAAUUAUUUUGCAAUAA